AUGAAUAUACACAACAAGAAGAAGAUAACUCAUUUCCUUGUAAAGGACGGAUACGUACAUAUGUACGGAUACGACCACGGAUACAAGGAGGAGAAGAAGGAGGAGGAGGAGGAGGGAGAGGAGGAGAAGAAGGAGGAGGAGAAGAAGAAGAAGAAGAAGAAGAAGGAGGAGAAGAAGAAGAAGAGGAAGAAGAAGAAGAAGAGGAAGAAGAUGAUGAUGAAUCCAUAG